UGCAAAUGACAGACAAUUUGUUAACCUAAAGGCAGUAAAAAUGAGCCAAGAACAACCAAGACAAACCCAGACAGAGCAAGAUCGAGAUCCCAUCACGUACGGCGACAUUUUCAAUGUCCAUGGAAAUCUUGCUUCCACACCCGUUGCCCCUGUAGACGCAGCCACCAUGCAGGCUGCUGAAAACCGUGUACUCGGAGAGACCCGGAGGGGUGGUCCUGCCUCCGCCAUGCAAUCUGCGGCGAAUGUCAACUUGAGAGAAGGCUUCGUUGACCCUGAUGAAGCCAGCAAUGUCGCUAGAGACGACCAAAUCGAAGUAUCAGAAAGUGAUGGUCCCGGCGGUGAUCGCGUUAUCACUGAAACAAUAGCAGGACAGGUGGUGGCGCAAUAUAUUGAGCCAAGGGCGGAAAGAACAACUCCGGGAUCAAUUGCUAACCGCGACGCAGUCACAAUUGGUGAGGCUUUGGAAGCAACAUCUCUCUCUGCAGGUGAAAAACCAGUUGAGCAAAGCGACGCAGCCGCUAUUCAAGCUGCUGAGGUAAGAGCAACAGGUAUUAACGAGGUGUUGCCUGGGGGAAUAGGCGCAGAAGCCCAAUCUGCUGCCACACGCAAUAGGGCUCUAAGCGACAGAGACAAGAUCACCCUCUCUGAGGUUCUGGAGGAUGCUUCUUUGAAGUUGCCAGCAGAUAAAGCAGUGACGCGAGAAGAUGCUGAUAGAGUGAUUCAAGCAGAGGUUAGGAACAGGCCAGACAUGCAUGCAACCCCUGGAGGAGUAACGGCAUCAAUGGCAGCAGCGGCUAGGAUGAAUCGAAACAGAAAUACGUAAUUAAUUACGUGCAUCAACUAGGAGACCUGCAGUGUUUUGAUUGGAGUUGGCUUUUCCUUCCUUUUUUAUCCGAAAAGGAGCUUUAGAAUCUCUCUCUUUAUAUGUAGAAUGUGGUGUCAUAUACUUGUAUUCCGUGUGUAUAAUAAUUUAGAAACUUAUUUGAUUAAUUAAAUCUUCAGGCGUCUGCAAGAUGAACUUCAUAUCACAUGAUAUAGAUAUAUAUAUAUUUUUUAAUUAAUGCUGUUCAA